UCCAUUUCUCCGAGCGUACAGUCCAGCCUCGAUUUCGAUUUAUAUCGUGUUAACAGUUUGUUCAAAAAGUAAUUGAUAUACAGCGAAAAUAUGGAACUCAAGAAAAUCGAGAGAACGGUGCUGAACAGUCACGAAAUAACGUUUACGGAUGGCAGGUCCCUGCUUCAUUGGAUGGUCAAGGAUAAGUGCUGACGAGUCUCACAAGAACUACCCAGCCAACUUCGCGUCCGUCAUCGUUCAUCUGCUGCGGAACGCGACGGAGAAUUAUCGCGACACGCACGGCUUCACGUACUUUCACGGGGCCUGCACGAUCGGCGACGUCGAACAAGUCGCACGAUUCGUCGACAGGUUGGGCGCGAACGUCAAUCUCGACGGUUACGCGCUCUCGCCGCUCUACCUAGCGGUCGAGUACAGGCGCAAGGAUGCCGUGCGAUACUUGCUGAGUCGCGGGGCGAAUCCGAAUUGGUGCGACCGGCUUGGGGACUCCAGCGUGCUUCACGGACUGGCGCGACUGCGCCGAUGCGACUGUCCCGGCUCGUACAGGCCCGUCGAGGCCACGCAGGCGUCGGCCGUAGACGAGAUCGUCGACUUGCUCGUGGCACACGGGGCGCGAAUCGACGCCCAAAAUCUUCGAGGCCAGACUCCGCUGGAGUGGGCCGUGUCGCGACUGGACUACGACACGACGCGAGCCCUCCUAAGACACGGCGCGCGUCCGAACAAUUUGAACGAGAAUCUGUCGUUGAGCGUGAGCGAUUAUACGGAGCACGAAUUAUCGUACCUUCCGGUCGUUUUGUACGUUCCUGAGAUGAUUAAUUUAUUGUCGAUGCAUGGGGUCGAAAUAAAUGUCAAUACUCGAUUGAAGUUUCUGAAAUUUUGGAUGACGGCUCGAAAACACGAAAUGGAUGAUACGAGGAAGCUUGUAUCUAAAAAAAAAGACGCACAUACUUGGAUUGUACGGGCAGAGAAAGACUUAAAAACGAAAGAAUAUCGCCUAAAAUUGCGCAAUACCCAUGGAUUUUUUAUUGGAGAAAAAGAUGGGAAACGCUUGGAAUAUGAGGUUGAGCGACUGAAACGAGAGGUUCGAUUGAAUCCAAAUUCUGAUGAGCCACGUCCUGAAGACAUCGUUCGCACAUUGGGAGGCAUUUGGGUGAAGGGAGACACCUCGCUGCUACAAAUUUGUCAGAUGAGUUACAGGCAGGCUUCUUUAAUUUUGAAAAACCUGAGGGGUUGGCGUUUGCCGCAUCUGGGCGAUGAACCGAUCGCUCGAGAUGUUGUAAAGAGACACAUCGCGAACGUUUUAAUGAGGCCCCAAUUGGAAUUAUUCGCGACCGAUACAUUCAUGAAGGAUGAUUGUCCAAGAAGUCUAUCUUACCUAUCUAAUGACCAAAUUUUCCGAUUGAUUGAUGACGAGGAGCUUGUUCUUAAGUGCGAGAAUCAAAUUCGUUUGCGCGAGGAUCAAACUCGUUUGCGCGAGGAUCAAACUCGUUUGCGCGAGGAUCAAACUCGUUUGCGCGAGGAUCAAACUCGUUUGCGCGAGGAUCAAAUUCGUUUGCGCGAGGAUCAAACUCGUUUGUGCAAGCAGACAAUCGAAAAACAAGCAAUAAUUUUCAUUUGCUUAAGUUUUUAUAUAUUUGUAAUCAGCCUAAUAAUAGGAAUAACUUUUUCAUACAUAAAUAACUAGCCUAAUAUGUAAAAUUAGCGUAAUAUAUAUAAUUAGAUGAAAUUAAAUUGAUAGGAUAAAUAAAUGUCAAUAAAAUCGAUCGGUAUUGUCGUAUCUAAAAUAUGUGUGAAUAUUCUCAGAAUAAUAUGUAUUGAAACAUUGUACUUGAAAUGUUUUGUGCCGUCUAGUAAAUUAAA